ACGGGUUUGGUUUUUGGUUUAUGUGCAGUGAACUUAUGUUUUCAAUUCUAUUUCAUGUUUAAAGCAUAUUGGUCACAACCUGUGAAGUCGUUUUCACAACCCACAGUUUAAAAAAUGCCGCUUUAAAUUAUCAUCCCGAAAUUUAAGUAAUAUCUAUAUUAUAAUGAAUAAAGGAGGGAUCUGAUAAAUGGAAGAGAAUGAGUUAAUUAGGAAAGUGGUUAAAGGGAGGUAUAAUGGGAAUAAAGAUGAAAAAUGGGUAGAAUUAGAGAUUAAGGUCAGAGAAUGGAGUAUUUUAGUGAAGAUUUUUGAGAUGGGAGCAAUUCCAAAUGAUGACAAGCUCCUAAUUCUAUCCAUGGCUAUGCAUAACUGAAAUAGAGUUGAGAUGGUUACUAAAAUUGAAGUAGGGAACUGUGAAGAUAGAAUGUUAGAUACUGAAUGUAGUAUCCAAAUUGAAGUUGUCCAGGAUGAUGGUGGAACAUGUGAUAGAGAGUCUGAGAACAAGGUACAGAAGACUUAAGUAAAGAUGAGGGAGAGAGCAGGAGGUGGCUAGAUAAUAGCAACCAGGAAAGACCCAGGGCAAUAUGGUUGCAUUCCCUGGUCCUCAAAAGAAGAGCAUCCUGUUUAUUUUAUUUUAUUUUUUUAAGGCUUGGUAGAAAAAUAUUUUGAAAGUGACACUGGUGAGCAAGGACAGCACCACCUCCUUUGCUUUGGAAUUGUGGAAAGCAAAAACAGCCUUCGGUACCAAAAGUUUUAUCUUCAGGGGAAGCAAGGAUUCUGUUUAGAAGAGUUUGAAGUAAAAGGAAGUACUUCAUAACAAGAUUGAGAAUAUAAGAGAGUUAGACAUGGAACAGAAAGCACAGAGAAAAGAUUGAGAGAGAAGGAAGAUCCUGGAUAUGUUAGGGGAAGAGGAUGGAAGGAAAGUACAGGAGAGAUCGAUAUCUAGAGGGGCUUGCAUUUUGGUUGGAUAAUAGUGAGAUGAAGAAGGCAUGUUGUAAUGAAUGGUUGGAAAUGGAACACUGAUGUCAAAUUUGAACAAAAUUACAGCAGGCUUGCAAGAAAAGUCACCCUGGAUUAAAUGUUUGAAGAAAAGGUAUGAUGAGUCACUAGUGUCUUGCUAUAGAAGACAUCAAAGGAGUACUGAACUAUUCAUUGUUUCCAAACAGUGGUUAAAGUGAACAAGCAAUGGCCAGUAAUCACAAACCUUCGGCAGCUCGCCCUAUUUCACGAGGUGGAAUUGGGUUGACAGGAAGACCUCCUUCUGGAAUACGACCCCCAUCAGGAAAUAUUCGAGUGGCAACUGGAAUGCCACCUGGAACAGCGAGACCAGGCUCUCGUGGUGGUCCUAUAGGGACAGGAGGAGUUCUGUCUUCUCAGAUCAAAGUUGCAGAUCGUCCUGUAACACAGCAAGGUUUGAGUGGAAUGAAAACUGGAAUGAAAGGUCCCCAGAGACAAAUUUUAGACAAAUCUUAUUAUCUUGGGCUUCUUAGAAGUAAAAUAAGUGAACUUACAACUGAAAUUAAUAAACUGCAGAAAGAAAUAGAAAUGUACAAUCAAGAGAAUUCAGUAUAUUUGUCAUAUGAAAAGAGGGCUGAGACUUUAGCUAUUGAAAUCAAAGAAUUUCAAGGACAACUAGCAGACUACAACAUGUUGGUAGAUAAACUUAAUACCAAUACUGAGAUGGAAGAAGUAAUGAACGAUUAUAACAUGCUUAAAGCUCAAAAUGAUCGUGAAACACAAAGUAUGGAUAUCAUAUUUACUGAAAGACAAGCGAAAGAAAAACAAAUUAGGAAUGUAGAAGAAGAAAUUGAACAGGAGAAACAAGCAGCAGAUGGCAUUAUCAAAAAUAUGUCUCCUGAAAAACAAGUGAAGUACACAGAGAUGAAAACUACAAAUGAGAAAUUGUUGCAGGAACUGGAUACACUUCAACAACAGCUGGAUUCACUGAACAUGAAAAAAGAGAGCCUGGAAGCUGAAAUAGCACACUCCCAGGUAAAACAGGAGGCUGUAUUGCUGCAUGAAAAACUUUAUGAGUUAGAGUCCCAUCAAGAGCAAAUGAUUGCAGAAGACAAAAGCAUGGGAUCUCCAAUGGAAGAGAGAGAGAGAUUACUUAAGCAGGUUAAAGAAGAUAAUCAGGAAAUAGCCAGUAUGGAGAGACAGUUAACGGAUAUAAAAGAAAAAAUAAAUCAGUUUAAUGAAGAAAUUAGACAACUUGACAUGGAUCUAGAGGAACACCAAGGUGAAAUGAAUCAGAAGUACAAGGAACUAAAAAAAAGAGAGGAAAAUAUGGACACUUUUAUUGAGACUUUUGAGGAAACUAAGAAUCAGGAACUGGAGCGGAAGGCACAGAUAGAAGCCAGCAUUGUUGCGCUUUUGGAGCACUGUAGUCGAAAUAUAAAUCGUAUGAAACAGAUCUCUUCUAUCACCAACCAAGAGCUGAAGAUGAUGCAGGAUGACCUCAGUUUUAAAUCUACUGAAAUGCAGAAAUCACAAAGUACAGCUAGGAAUUUGACUUCAGAUAGUCAGCGUCUACAGUUGGAUCUACAGAAAAUGGAGCUUCUGGAAAGUAAGAUGACUGAGGAGCAACAUUCUCUAAAAAGUAAAAUUAAGCAAAUGACAACUGAUCUGGAGACAUAUAAUGAUUUGCCAGCUUUGAAAUCGUCAGGUGAAGAAAAGAAAAAGAAACUACAUCAGGAGAGAACAGUAUUAUCAACCCAUAGAAAUGCCUUUAGGAAAAUAAUGGAGAAGUUAAACAAAGACUAUGAGACACUAAAAACACAAUUGCAAGAAAAUGAGACACAUUCUCAGCUUACAAAUUUGGAGAGGAAGUGGCAACACCAUGAGCAAAAUAACUUUGUGAUGAAAGAAUUCAUAGCAACCAAGAGUCAGGAGAGUGAUUACCGACCAAUUAUAAAGAAUGUGAGCAAGCAGAUUGCAGAAUACAACAAAACCAUCGUGGAUGCUCUACACAACACUAGUAGAAACUGAGUCUAAACUAACUGCAAGUCCCUUUACAAGGAUCCUCUUGCUGCUAAACUUCGUACAAGCUGACUGAAAAAUGAAAACUUCUCUUUGAAAAAUUUUACUUAAAAUUUCUGAAUGCUAUUAUUGUGGCCUCUUUGAUGAGUGAUAUUUUAAAUAACAUAAUAGUUCAAUAAAUCAUUU